AGGCUGUAAAGGUUUCUACUGCUCAUUAGGUUGUAUUUGUGAUAUCUAAGCUGUAUAUUCAAUCUCAAUUUGGUAUAUUCACCGUUAGACUUGGAAUAAGUUAAAGCCAUAAAAAGAAUAAUUGCGGAGCUAUAUUUACUAUUUAAAACAACAGAUCGUCACACAAAUACUUCGAAUAAAAUUAACUAAACUGCAAGGAUGAUGACAGAGAAAAUUGUUCAGGGUCACCCCAGUUUGGUUAACAAAGGGAUUUUAAGUGAUCAUCAAAUUGCCACUAAUUUAAGUGACGACAUGGGUUGGAAAUCUAAACUGAAGCUUCCCCCAAAGGACAACCGAUUCAAAACAACAGAUGUGACUGAUACACGUGGCAACGAAUUUGAAGAAUUUUGUCUUAAGCGGGAACUUCUCAUGGGUAUUUUCGAAAAAGGUUGGGAGCGACCAUCACCGAUUCAAGAAGCUGCUAUACCUAUUGCCUUAAGCGGAAAAGAUGUUUUAGCUCGAGCAAAAAACGGCACUGGAAAAACGGGAGCAUAUUGCAUUCCUGUCCUGGAGCAAAUUGACCCCACUAAAGACUAUAUUCAAGCAUUAGUAAUGGUCCCUACACGAGAACUGGCUUUGCAGACUUCACAAAUAUGCAUUGAACUUGCUAAGCAUCUGGAUAUUCGAGUAAUGGUAACAACAGGAGGAACCAUUUUAAAGGAUGACAUUCUUCGUAUAUAUCAAAAAGUACAAUUAAUAAUUGCAACUCCCGGUCGAAUUUUGGAUUUAAUGGAUAAAAAAGUGGCAGAUAUGUCCCAUUGUAAAAUAUUAGUCUUGGAUGAAGCUGAUAAGCUGCUUUCAUUAGAUUUUCAAGGCAUGCUGGAUCAUGUUAUAUUAAAAUUACCCAAGGAUCCACAGAUAUUGCUGUUUUCCGCUACAUUUCCAUUAACCGUAAAAAACUUUAUGGAAAAACAUUUGCGUGAACCCUAUGAGAUAAACCUUAUGGAAGAGUUAACAUUGAAAGGUGUCACCCAAUACUAUGCAUUUGUACAAGAACGGCAGAAAGUUCACUGCUUAAACACUUUAUUUUCAAAACUGCAAAUAAAUCAAUCAAUAAUAUUUUGCAACUCUACGCAACGUGUUGAACUCUUAGCAAAAAAAAUAACUGAACUCGGCUAUUGCUGUUACUACAUUCAUGCUAAAAUGGCCCAAGCACAUAGAAACAGAGUCUUUCACGAUUUCCGACAAGGUCUGUGCCGUAAUUUGGUUUGCUCUGAUUUGUUUACCCGUGGUAUAGAUGUACAAGCUGUGAAUGUCGUAAUCAAUUUCGAUUUUCCACGAAUGGCGGAAACAUAUUUACAUCGAAUCGGCCGAUCUGGUCGGUUUGGUCAUUUAGGUAUCGCCAUUAAUUUAAUUACUUACGAGGAUCGAUUUGACCUGCAUCGUAUUGAAAAGGAAUUAGGAACGGAAAUAAAACCCAUACCAAAAGUAAUUGACCCAGCACUGUACGUGGCAAAUGUCAGUGGAUCUUCAGGAGAAACUUGCAACAAUAGUGAUCUUAAUAAUUCUACAAAUGAAGAAGGCAAUGUUAGUAAAUAGAUAAAAAAGAUUAAUUUAAAAAAUAAAAAGAUUUGAAAUGUCUAAAACAUGGAAACAAUAAAUGAAAACUAAUAUUGCA